UCAACUUUUUUUUUUUUGAAACAUUUCACAGAGUGUCCGGCGUCCUGCCAUGCUGGGACUGUAACGCAUUUCGGAUCGCUGCUCUGUCUUCUUGCGUUCCCGCGUCAUGGCUCCGUUUGGGAAAAACUUCCUGAAAGCUCGACUGAAAAACAGGACAAAAGAUACAGAGCCUGUGGUUGGAAAGGAGAUUCAAGUUACUGUCUGCAAUGAAGAGAAGGUUGUCUGUGGAGUUACAAAGCACACGACAUGUGCAGAUAUGAUUCAAGCUUUGCUGGAGGACCACAAGUCAGUCCCAGAGAGCAAGCGACUCCUGCAUGGGGAACCCAAAGACUUCUGUCUCGUCGAGAGGUGGAAGGGCUUUGAGAGAGCUUUGCCUCCUCUCACCAGAAUCCUAAGGCUCUGGUAUGCUUGGGGUGACCAGAGACCCUUCAUCCAGUUUAUUCUGGUCAAAACCAGUGACUUUGUGCCUCAGCCUGCUAAGAAGGUUGUGAAGCCCAAAGGGGCCAAGCCGAAGCGAUGGGAGCACGGGCGUCCUCAAUAUCCCCAGUCUAUGCCAGUUGAGAAACAAAAGCGCAUGGUGAAGAAAGCUUUUCGCAAGCUGGAGAAACUUCACAAAGAGAGCAGGAGCUCCCCGGGAGCUGAGGAGAUCGACCGGAUGGUGCAGCUUAUUCUCAACCAGGACCACACAAUCAGGGAGCAGAUCCAGCGGAUGAGGGACCUGGAUUUGGAGAUCGAGGAGUUUGAGGUCCAAGUGCAGCAGGAAGCUGAGUCUGAGAGUUCACUGGAUCAGGCCUGCGGUCCAAAUUUGGAGGCGCACAGUGAAGAGCAGCUUAACGAGUACCUGUAUACCAGCGAUGGGGUGGAACAGCUGGAGCUACAAGUUCAGAGGCACCAGGAGCUCAUUUUACAGCUGUCCCUUGAUAUUGACGCUGAGCUGAGGAGGGCCAACUUCUCUCUGAACCAGGAUGAGGACAGGGAGCAGGAAGGAGCCACAGCGGCUUCCUGGAUCCCCUCUGACACAGACGAAUCUUUCUACACUGCUGAACUCGGGAGGCUGCAGGAUGAACUGAAACACAGCCUCUUCACCGGCGUGUCCCUUCACAACCAAGCUGCAGACAUUGACAAGCAGCUGAAGUACUUUGAUAGUACGCUGGUUUCCAAGGACCAGGAGUGCUGGCAGCUCGCUGCCCAGCUGAACUCACUGCAAAUUGUGGACAGUGUAGAGGAGAAGAAGCCUGUACCGGUGCCUCUGAAAUGUGAGACUCAAUGCAGCGUCUCCCAGACAGUGAAACUCAAACACAGCCUGUCCCCUCUAGACGUUACAGACACAGACUCAGACACUGGGAUUAGCUCCACACACAGUCAGGACUCUUUGUCACCAUGUCUUGACUUCCCUCCCCCACUGGACACAGACGUUUGAGGAGCCUGUCUGACCCUGCAAUUUGAUGUUCUAUAGGCACCAGCCUCAGUUUGUGGCUGUCAUAUGUUGUCAUUAGAUCUUAGUCAUAACAGUCUGAAAGACAACAGACAUUGUAAAGCAGCUUGGACUAUAAAUGCUGGUGCUCUGUUUCACUUUAUAUGCUUAACCCUACACAAGCAAACAUUGCAUUCAGUUAAACCCAGUCGGUCAUUUCACUGGAAAUGGAACACUGAGUUUAUUGACAGAAAAUUUAUCAGAAAUUAUUUUAAUAGUAACUAUUAAGGCUUUUUAAUGGCACAUUUUGUUUGGUUUCAGUUUCUAAGGGAUCUUGCUGCUUUUUCAUCACAAUGGGUCAACAGAAAAAAAAAGCUAUUUCAGAAUGGUCUGGGUUCCGAGCAGUUAAAAUGGCUGGAUUUGAAUACUAUGGCAUUUUAUAUAUAUAUUAAAAAAAAAGACUUUUUAUUUUUGCAAAGAUGGUAGCUAGAGGUAAAAUGUCUCCUUGCUUAUUUAGAAUAAUGUUUUCAUCAAAAAUAUUUAUUUUUUGUGUGUUCCUCUUGAUGUGAUCCAUCAUUUUUGAAUAAGAACAUUAGUCACAUCAUGGAGAAGAAGUUUAAAAUAAUUAGUUGUUCGUUUUUGGUUUAUUGUUUGUUUGUUUUAUCUGAUGAACAGAAAAUUGUUUGGAUGAGAUAUUGUCACCAUCAACUCCAAGUGUUGUUAAAUUACCAUUUUGAUUUGUGAGAUUCCUAUAUUUCAGUGAAAAAUGAAACCGUACAUACAAGACAUGAACUGGAGCGACAUCCAAAAGUCCAUUUCUGUUUAUAACGGCCAGGUUUCCCUUUUUAAGUUUUAUUUCAAUAAACACGUAAAGACUGUUCCUUGUGCUGCACCAGGCUUAGUACCUUUUUUUUUAAAGUAUUACAUUUUUGUCACAGUCUCAUUAGAUGGAGGUGAAUGUAUGUUCUCGGCCCUUCCUCAAGUUCUUAAGCUAUUUAUGAAGCUGCACUUUUUUGUACACUUGUCAGUCUGUUAACAUUGUUUUAUAUUAAAACAAAUAGCUAAAUGGUUUGUAGAAUAACAUAUGUAUAUACAUUAAACAUUCCUCUUGACUAUGCUGUAAAUACAUAUGUUGGUUUAAGGAUUGUAAAUAAUUCGUAUGACACAAGCACAAUUUGAUUUUUAAAAAAUUCGGAAAAGCUGUUUAUCAUGCAAUUCUAUUUAAUAGAUAUCAUUUAAAUAACAUGCAUCAGCCACUUACUGAAUUAAACACCGCAUUCACUACCUAAAAUAAAUUACAAUAAAUGUACUAUGUGUGUUAACCUCUUGGAGCACAAGCUCUAAUUAAGUAAAAUGUGCAUUUUAACUUUCAUAAUAAAGAAUAAUUCUGUAAAUGCCUGAAAA